AUGGGUAGAAGCUGCUCUCUUGCGCUUGCCCUUGCCCUUGCCCAUGUCCUGCUGGCGCUCACCGAAGCCUCAGCGGUGGCAUGGAGCACGGCGCCGCUGUGGGUGCGAGUCGGGGACAGGAAGCUGUUGGACUUGGGGGUCCGCGACAUCAAAGUGGACGUGGUGGUCGCCAAGGACGGCAGCGGCAACUUCACCAGCCUUCAGGCAGCCCUGCUGCAUGCAGCCCGGCCGGUGAAAGGUCAGCGACUGGUCAUCCACAUCAGAGCCGGCCUGUACCGAGAGGACGUGGAGGUAGCCAUCAACAAGGUGCUCCUGAUCGGCGACGGCGUGGGCAAGACAGUCAUCAGCGGCAACCGCAGCAAAGCAGGCGGCGGCCUGGAAUCUGACAACACACCUGUGCUUUAUGCGAAAGGCAACUACUUCAUGGCCCGUGACAUAACAAUAGAGAAUACGGCGGGCAAGGAAGCGGGUGCAGCCGUGGCUCUCAGAUCAGACUCGAAGCAGUCGGUUUUCUACCGCUGCGAGCUUAUAGGACACGAGGACACACUCCUCGCUAAGACCGGCCGCCAGUUCUACCGGGAGUGCACCAUAUCAGGGACAGUCGACUUCAUAUUUGGCAACGCUAAGGCCGUCUUCCAGAAUUGCCUCCUCCUCGCGCGCCGCCCGCUGGCAGGUAAGCAUAACGUGGUAACUGCGCAGGGCAAGGACGGUGGUAGAUCUGACGCAGGCUUUGCGUUCCAAAAUUGCACGGUUACGUCACACGAAGUUCUCGAUGGCGCCGAGACAUACCUAGGAAGGCCAUGGAAGAAGCACUCGCAUGUGGUCUUCCUUCAGUCCUUCAUGGACACCAUCGUCCAUCCCAGGGGCUGGGUUGCGUGGGACAGAGCAGACGAGCGCGUCCCCUCUACGGUGUACUAUGGCGAGUACGCCAAUAGAGGCCCGGGGGCGAACACCAGCGCGCGCGUCAGCUGGUUCCACGCCAUGAACUCCACUGAGGCUGAAACCUACACUGUGCAGCGUUUCAUCAGCGGCCACAAGUGGCUCAACGCCACGGGGGUGGAGUACCAGCCCGGCCUGAUCUAA